UCUGAUCACAAUGUCGGAAGCAAGCGUUUUGUUUGGCGUGCUGUCAAUAUCAGACUCCAGACAACUGAACCAAUCUGCCUUCUGUGAAAUCGACAAGAACUUUCAGAAUAUGUUUCUCCCAGUAAUUUAUGUCACUGUGUUCGCGGUGGGUUUCUCCGCGAAUUGUUUGGUGCUGGUCUCUUUGUCCUUGAAGUUGAGAAAAUGGACCAGCUUGGACAUGUUCUUGUUUAACCUGGGCCUGGCUGACCUCCUGUAUGUCAUCACUUUGCCCUUCCUGGUGGUGUACUACGCCACGGAACGCCGCUGGACGUUCGGGAAAGCGUUUUGCAAAAUGACCAGGCUCCUCUUCCACCUGAACCUGUACGGCAGCAUCGGCUUCCUCACUUGUAUCAGUGUGCAGCGAUACCUGGGCAUCGUGCACCCCAUGAAGGUGCUGGGCAGGUGGAACCGCCGCCGCUCGCUGCUCCUCAGCCUCCUGGUCUGGGGGCUGGUUCUAGCCCAAACCUCGGCCGAUCUCCAUUUCACCAAGACCAACCUCAAUGGCACCAAAUGCCAUGACACCACCGUAAACGAGGAAGUCACAGACUACAUGUUGUACGUGCAGGUUAUUACUGUCACUGGAUUCUCCAUCCCUCUCCUCACCAUUAUAGCAUCUUACUGUCAGAUCGCUGUAGUUCUCAGCAGGAAAAACGAUCUGAAUAAUACUUUGAAGGAACGAUCCCGGAACCUCGCGAUCGUUGUAAUGGUUGUAUUUUCCAUUUGUUUUACGCCUUAUCAUGUUUUGCGUUAUCUUAACUUAAAUUUCAGACAUUUUCAAUUGAAAGGUUUUUGCGCACGGAAUACCAACACCGUUUACUUGCUUUACCAGAUUACUAGAGGUAUGGCCAGUUUAAACAGCUGCAUUGACCCGUUGGUUUACCUUGUAGCCAGAAGUGACAUGCUAACUAAAGUGAAAACAUUCAAGAACAGACUACAUCUGCCACUCACUUCGUCUAAAUCAACUAAUUGUAGAAUUCCUCAAAUGAUUUUAAUCACAGACGAAAUGGUCAUUAGUAAGGAGACAGCUGUGUAAACUAAUUGACAAUUGGUAUGUUUACCCAACAUUUCUGUUGAAUGCAAAGGUCAUGUUGAUCCAAAGCAAUUUGGUUUCAUGUUUGGAGCAACAGACAGGAUAGUUCCUUCAGUUACUGACGGCCACAGAACUUCCACGAAAUGUUGCAUUGAACCUCAUCAUGAGCGCACAGCCGAAUGAGCACUCUGCCUUCACAUAAGAUCUGAGACUUGUGUGAACAGGACAUUGUGUGAAUCAUUCUGCAGCAUUGUUAAUAAACAGCAUAGAAACUGGGGGCAGAGCUGCAGUUAGAUUUAUAUAAGGUCAGAUCAAAUACAAAAGGUUAGAGAAAAAAGAUGGAAUUUAAAAAGACUUGAAGGAAGGAUCCUUUUCUAAGUGUCAGUAAAUGAGACCCUAUUCUUGUAAAAGGUAAUUUUCAGU